AGUUUUUGUUCUGCAUUACAACAAGAACUUACUGAAUAUUAUAAACUUAUAGCUGUGCUUGAGUCACAGUUACAGCAAGAACAAGACUUAGGUGUGAGUCUGAGUACCGGUAACAAUCUAACUUUAAGAAAGUUGGUUGUAUGGACUUACGACCCAUUACUUAGGAUGAAAGCAUUGGCAGCAUUAGUGGAUUUCUCGAAAGGUAAAAAAGGUGGUGCAUUGGCUACAACUAUACAUUCCUAUACACUAAAUGGUGACCCUUUUAUUAAGACGUUGAUUCGCUAUAUAUUAAAAGUUGUAUCCUAUCCAAUAUGCAGUAUAAUAUAUAGGUGGAUUUAUGAAGGGGAAUUGGAAGAUAUGUACCAUGAGUUCUUUGUAGCAGCAGAUCCCCAGGUUAAAAAGGAUAGAUUAUGGCAUGAUAAGUACAGUCUUAGGAAGUCUAUGUUACCCACCUUUAUAACCCUGGAACAGGCAAGAAAGAUCCUCCUCAUUGGAAAGUCCAUUAACUUUACCCGGCAAGUGUGUCAAGACAGAACACCAAUCGGUGAUCUAUCAUUUACCAAGACAGGUGACCUAACACCAGAACAAGCUGAAAUGUUAUUUAAUCAGGACAUGGACAGUAGGUUUCAAAGCAUUAUUACUACAGCUUACAAAGACACCAGUAAACAUCUACUUGAUAUAUUGUUCACUAAGUAUAAAUUUCUUGAACAUCUCAAGGCAAUGAGAAGAUACCUCUUGUUAGGCCAGGGUGAUUUUAUCAGACAUUUGAUGGACUUAUUAGAAGAUGAUUUAUGCAAGUCAGCGGGACUGUUAUAUUUACAUAACCUAAAUGGUGUCUUAGAAACAGCUAUUCGUGGGACCAAUGCUCAAUUUGACGAUCCAGAGAUUCUGAAAAGAUUAGACGUUAGACUGCUAGAAGUAUCACCAGGGGAUUGUGGCUGGGAUGUGUUCAGUUUGGACUAUCAUGUUGAUGGGCCUAUAGGUACUGUCUUCACACAUGAAUGUUUACUGAUGUAUCUUAGAGAAUUUAAUUUCCUGUGGAGAGCUAAACGUAUGGAGUACAUCCUUGCCAAUAUCUGGAGAGCACAGAUGGACUAUUCCAGAAAAUUAGCCCCCAUUAAGGAACUGCGUUUAGUCUUGCAUAAAUGUCACAUCGUCGCUGCAGAAAUGGUUCAUUUUAUACACCAGAUGCAGUAUUACAUCACAUUUGAGGUAUUAGAGUGUGCAUGGGAUGAGUUAUGGAAGAAAGUUAGCAAAGCAGAUGAUUUAGAUCACAUCAUAGCAGCUCAUCAAGUAUUUCUUGAUACAAUUAUUAGUAGAUCAUUACUUGGGGACGAGUUUAAGUCGUUGUUAACCCAGUUAAGAACUAUAUUUGACUGUAUAAUCAAGUUUCAACACACACAGGAGAAUUUAUAUCAGUUAUCUAUGGAUGAGUUAGACAAUCGACUUUUAGCAGAAAAACAAAUCAGUCUGAGAACAGAACAAGGUGAGUGGGGUGACUCUGAGAUUGAUGAGAGAGCAGAGAAGAAGAGACGACAACAGUUUGUGGAGAAUGUUGUCAAAUCAAAAAGUGCGCAAAUGAAAGUUUUACACAAAACAUAUCAGGAUAUGGUUCAGCAGUUUUUGGUGCUACUUGCAGACCAUCCAGAUGAAAGUCUUCAACUGUUAGGUGUACGCCUAGAUUUUAAUGAGCAUUACAAUGCACAGGAACCCAGAUUAAGAUCAUCCAUGACUUACAGUCAUAGUGCAAGAAAACCACCUCGAGAUUAGUACAUUGUGAACUGGUUACUUACAGUUUGAGUUUGUUUUUAGGGACUAAACUUGCAGCAUUUCAAAAUCUACAAACUUUUGCUUUAUAUCUGCAGUACAAUGUACUUUAAUCACUAUUCCUCAUUUGCUUUGUACCCUAAAGUAUCUUUUUCAGAGGAUAUUAACAUCUUUUUAUAAACAGGCUCAUUGUGUUGAUUCCCACUGCCUCUCGGUGCUCCAUUGUUGCGCCACCAUAUUUAAGGUGGGUGCAUUCUCAUGUAGGGUCUCCACUUUUCCCAGCCCACCCCCUACUAUACAUGUGUGAAAGUGUUUAAUUAUUUGAACGGCAAAGUCGGCUUUUGUCUCAUUUCACAAAAUAAACCUGCAUUAUUCUUUCCUA